GUGGCGCUGUUUCGCAAAUUACAAACAAUUCUUAUAUUAGUCGUUUUUAGAUUUUCGACGUGUGAGCGAGUCAACGAGAAUCUCGACCUCGUGUCUCAACAAAAAAACUCUAUUGAUAGGGACGGUUGAAUCGCGGCGUUGCUAUCUCGCUUUCUGCUGCGACAUACAUAUUAUUAUACAGGACCGUUUCGCGGCUGAGGCGUUUGGCGUCUACACAACGGUUCGCCAGCAUAUCAGUACGUUUUAGUGUGUUUAGUGAGUGCGUGCUCGUUUUAUUUGCUCGUCAGCAGGACUCCGAGACGACCUAGUCGCAGCAUCAACAUGACGAACCAAGUGAAAGGGAGCGGCUGGCCCAGGAGAUCGUCCACUAGUUCGUUCGACGGCAAGAUAACCCCAAAUCCUUCGGUCACCAUAAACAGAACUAUUAACUUAUAUCCUUUGACAAACUAUACGUUUGGAACAAAAGAGCCACUGUUUGAAAAAGAUCCAUCUGUACCGGCAAGAUUCCAAAGAAUGAGGGAUGAAUUUGAUAAAAUUGGAAUGAGAAGAAGUGUUGAAGGAGUUUUGCUUGUUCAUGAACACGGUCUACCUCAUGUUCUUAUGCUUCAACUUGGGACAACGUUUUUUAAACUGCCUGGUGGAGAAUUAAAUGCAGGUGAAGAUGAAGUAGAAGGAUUAAAAAGGCUUCUUACGGAGAUUCUUGGACGUCAGGAUGGUGUGAAACAAGAAUGGUUGAUUGAAGAUACCAUUGGUAACUGGUGGAGACCAAAUUUUGAGCCACCUCAAUACCCUUACAUUCCUCCCCACAUCACCAAACCGAAAGAACACAAAAAAUUAUUUUUAGUACAACUUCAAGAAAAAGCAUUAGUAGCAGUACCAAAGAAUUAUAAAUUAGUUGCUGCUCCUCUUUUUGAACUCUACGAUAAUUCUCAAGGAUAUGGACCAAUAAUUUCUUCACUUCCUCAAGCAUUGUGUAGAUUUAAUUUCAUUUAUAUGUAAAAGUGCAACUAAAAACGAAUUAUUGUAUUUAUGAAGAACUAGAAAUAAUGGAUUUAGUAACUGUCUGUCAAAUUGAUUUCUUAUGACUCCUUAGAUUAUAUAAAUUCAAUUCAAUCUUGAAAAGUGUAAUGAUGUGAAUAGGAUUUACAAAUGUUUAUACUUUUUGUAUUAACCGAGUGUUUCAAAGACUUUAUUGUAACUUUGAUAUCAUUAUAUCACAAAUUAUAAUACAUUCUAUAUACCUUCUGAGGUUAUUAAAAAUUUACUCAAAUUAAUAA